AUAGAAAGACACUCAAUUACAGAAGCUCCAAAAUACAAAAAGGAUUAGGAGCGUCCAAUCAAAUCCCAUUUGAAGUUGGAAAAGAAGAAAUACCGGUAGCAAUAUGUCCGUUCCACAGAAAAAGCUCUAUCCUUAUUUAGAAGAAUUAUUCAAGAAGAAGAGUUCCACCAGAGAAAGCGCAUUAAGGACAUUGGUUAAGGAAUUUGAGACCAAUGUGCAUUACGAAUUUGCUGAAAAUAAUUUUGUCACUUUGGUACACAGAUGCCAAAAUUGCUUGAAACGAGGUUCUGCUUUGGAGAUUGAUUUAGCAUUACAUCUAAUCGGAUUAGUUGUUCUGACUCUUGGUGCGGGUGAUAAUGCACAUGAGGUGUAUGACGAAUUGCUUGUGUUAGUACCUCAACUUCUGAUUAAGUCCAAACUAUCUCAAGCAGUCAAGGUGUUUGAUUGUUUAUCUAUUGUCACUUUUAUUAGUGCCAGAGACUUUGUAGACACCGAAAGUUCAAUGGAAAUUAUAUGGCAAUUCUUGAAUCAAGAAAGCAAACAUCCAUCUACUGUGGCUGCUGCAGCGAUAUCAGGUUGGAUUCUCCUCCUUUCAGGCAUUGAUCGAUGGAGCAUUAGCCCCAAAAAGUGGAAAGGAUUGAUCCCUUAUCUUCUGAAACUACUAGAGGAUGGUGAUGAACAUGUUAAUGUUGCUAGCAUUGAAGCACUAGCUUUAAUUUUUGAAAUUGGAAAUCUUGAGAAAUUUUCAAAUCAAGUAGGAGAUUAUGCAAGCAUGAAGGACAUGAAAGAUGGGAUAAUGGAUCAGGUAAAGAGAGUAUGCAAUGACACCAAACAAGAAGCUUCAAAAGUUCUCGAGGACGAUUACGAUAAGACAACCACCCUCAGUUUAGGUGGAACAAGACUCACUUUUAGCACCUGGUCACAGUUGAAACAGAUGAGUUACAUAAGAAGAUUUUUAGGCAACGGUUUCACAAAUCACAUGAUGGAAAACGAACACCUCCACAACAUUUUUCAUUUUGCACCAACAACGAAAUGUAGGAAUGAUUUAGAACUGUACAAACCUGAAUUUGAACAAGUGGUUUUUCGAGUUUUUGUACCUGAAGUAAGAAGAGAAAAUUGCUCAAAGAGGAUUCAUAAGUCCCAUAGUUCUCUACUGAGCAAGGGAAGGACUAAGUUGCGGAACAAGUACAGAAGUCUUGCAGAGGAGACCAAGUCUGGGCACAUUGCUGAUGAAGAGCUUGACUGAAAUAUUGUUUUCAAUUAUUGGCUCCUCCCACACUUGAUAUCUUUAUCUCAGAACCAGCAUGAUUAGAAAAGGGCAAAAUGCAACCAUUUCUCAUAUCAUACAGUCUCCAA